ACAUAGGAGAGACAAAGUGGGAGCCACAGGGUGAGGAAGACAGAGACGAAGACGGAGCGAGACAGAGAGGGUGAAGGUUUUCGUGGGAUCUCUGCUUGACCUCCAAGAUGUUUAAGAAAAAGGAAUCCAAAGACCCGCUGAAGGCCCCGGCCAGUGUCAGCAAGUCACAAGCCAGCAGCUUGGCCCUGCUGAUUGCCCAGAUGCAAAAGAAUGCCGACAAGGUGGAAAAAGACGUCCUGAAGGCGGAAGAGCUGCUGGCUGUGGAUGCUGAAAAUGAAAGGAAAGAUCAGCCCUUUCAGCAUCAGGACGAGAUCUCAGUGAAACUGGGAGAGGCUGAAGGCCUCCUGCAGGACCUCUUCCUGGACGUCGACAAAGCCAAGAAGCUCAAACACCCACAAGCCACCGACAUCGAGAAAGAUGUCAUGCUCCUCCACGAGCGCUGGCUGAAGGACUGUGGCUUCUACCGAGACAUCUAUGAGCAGAUCGAUGACGUGUCACAGAUGCCCAUCAUUGACUGGGGACCAGUUCUGGAUGAGAAGCAACAACAAGUGAAAACAGAGCAGUAUGGCCCCACCAUGGCAGACCUGAAGAAACAGAUUGCUGCUCACAACAUCCUGCACAAAGAGAUCGAAGCCUACAACUCUCAGCUCUGCGUCAGCUCCGCUGGCAGCAAGGAUAAAUAUACAGAUCUGAAGAAACAGUACAAUAACGUGCUGGACAACUCUAAUUGGCGUCGCCACUACCUGAACAGCCUCUACGAAUACAUGCAGACCUGCACCAAAGAGCUGGCCUUCCUCAGCGACGAGCAGGCCAAGAUCAAGAAGCAGGACUGGAGUGAUCGCAUGGUGGACCCACCUGAUGUUCGACGCCAAUAUGAGAAUUUCAAGACCAACAGUCUGCUGUCCCACGAAAGCGAAGUGAACAAACUCCAGGACGAGGGCGACAGGCUCAUUGAACUGAAGCACCCUGCCAGCGCCACCAUAACGGCCCAGAGAGAUGCUGUACGAAACGAAUGGCAGCAAUUCCUCAAUCUCUGCAUUUGUCAAGAGACACACCUGGAUAACGUGGAGGAGUACAAAAGGUAUCAACUGGAUGCUGAGCAGCUGUCAGAGAGACUGACCAACCUCAGCAACAGCAUGGACCCCAAGUCUAUCAGCAAACAGAGCAACUCAGAGACACUGCUGCAGCUGGAAGGGGAGGAGAAAACCGUCCAAAACUGUGAACAGCUGCUCUCUACCUUGAGGAGACGGAGCACCACCAUCGCUCCUCUGAAACUGCGGCGCAGCAUCCCCAACAGACCCAUCACAGUGGAAUCCCUGUGCGACUGGGAAACAGAAAAGGCUACUCUAUCAAGAGGGGAGAAGUUUACCCUGAAAUCAAACCCUGAGCAUUACAACUGGAGUGUUGUCGCCACUGAUGGGUCAGUGAAAACCUUCCCAGGAGUUUGUUUCCAGAUCCCGCCUCCAGACUCGGGUGCAAUUGAUAAAGUGGACCUACUGGGGGGUGAACUGGCUGACAUCAAGAAAAGAAGAGCAGCUCUGGCAGCAAACUUGAAGAAUCAAAAAUCAGACGUUGCAAAAUCCCAGAAAUUAGCCCCAGUGUCAUCUGCUCCACCGGACCCCAAAGUUACCGCCGUGGCUCAGCAGCUGGACAAGCUGGACAAUGAUCUGGCCAACGCUGAGGAGAGCCUGCUGAGCCAGCUGCGAGCCCCGCUGAGUCGAACCGAUCCGGCCGGAGAUCUGGCCAAGAGGAAGAAGGAGCAGGAGCAAGCUGCCAAAGCACUGAAGGCUCUGGAGCAGCAGCAGCAGGCAGCACAGGCCGGCCUGCAGCCUCUCCUGUCUAAAGAUCCCAACGGUACAUCCUCUGGCCUGCCACUCAAACUCAGUGCUGCCAGCAAUAAGUACGACAGCAUCGCUGCUCUUGCUGAUCUCUACAAUAAGAAAGCAGAUGCAUCUCUCAACCUUGAGAAUCAAAUAAAGAAGGUGGAUGGUCUUGUUUCUGGAUUUGAGAAAAACCUCAGUGAAGAUGGUCAGAUCCCUGACACCCCAAAGGCAAUUCAAGCCCAUACAGACGACAUCCAGCGUCAGCGGAAAUCAGUGGCAGCAGCUCAAAACGACAUGAAGAAGCUGAGUCAGGAUCUGGAGACGACCGAGCAGCUGUGCAGUAAUCUGCAGCAGAGCUUCCAGGAGUACUGCCCGGACAUCCAGCGGCAGAGGAAAGAUGUCAAGCAGCUGCAGACUCGCUACGCAAACGUUGCCAACCAGCUGAAGGAGAGAGAAAACAUCCUACAAGAUACAACAACCAAGAACCAGGAGUUCCAGAGCACAUGCAAAUCCCUGAACUCCUUCCUGGACAACCUGCCAACAAAUCAGAUAAACUCCACUGAUAAUCUGUCUCAAGUCAAGGCCAAACAGAGCUCCCAGGAGAGAAUUGUAGAGGACCUGAAAAGAAAGGAAGACGACAUGGACAGAGUGGCUGAUCUCUCUCAAGAUCUACAGAACCUGCUCAACGAGUAUGACAUCAACGUUGACAAAUACAACAGCACACUAGAGGAUGCCGGUGUCACUGUACCAAAGAAACCUCCCGUGCUCACACUAUCGGAUGCUGUCCAGAAACAGGAAAAAGAUCUGGGGAACCGCUACGCCAAAGCAACAGCUGAAAACACCCAACGUCAAAAACAGAUGGGCUUGGCCAAGAAUUUGAUUUUACAAAAUGAAGAUAAAGUUCAGAUGGUGGCGCAACAGCAGGUGCAGCUUCAAAGUCAGCAAAAGAGUUCUUUAGAGUUAGACAGUCUGCUGAAAGAGCUGGAGGGCGCAAAAGAGAGGACAGGUCACACUGAGACCAAUCUCAGGACCUUCAAAGACAGAAUGAUGUCGCUGAAGAGUCGUAGAGGAGUGGAGCGCGUAGAAGAGAGGGAGGUACUACAGUACUACCGGGACCCAAAAAUGGAAAAAGAUUUGGUUGAUCUGAGUGACAAACUGCACGAAGAAGCUCUGAGACGUAGCGCUACCCAGUCUGAGGUUGAGGUGAUUAACAAGAAAAUUACUGUCUUGGAGGACACCCUGAAAACUACCAAGCCAAAGCUGUUGACGAGAGAAGUAACUGAAUUCGAGAGAGAUCCUCAGCUGGAUGUGGAGGCAGCUAAGAUAAGAGAUGAAAUAGUAAGGUUGAAGGAUGAUAUCCGAGCAAAAGAUGGAGAUCAUAUUCAAAUGAAGACAGAAGUCACAAUACUCCAGCAGAAGAGGCCAACCAUCAAAGAGAAGGUGGUAAAGAAGGAAGUGGUCAAAGUGCAACAGGAUCCAGAGAUGGUGAAAGCGCUGCGAACAUUUGACACAGAAAUUUCUGAUGAAGCCAACAAGAGCAAGCUCCUCAAUGAUGAAAUCUUCCAGACAAGGAGUCAGAUCAAUGCUCUUGAAAGGCUGAUUCCUAACAUCCAGCCAAAGAUAAUCACCAAAGAAGUAAAAAAGAUUGAACAAGACCCCAGUCUUAUCAGCACAUCUCAGAAUAUCCAAAAAGGGAUAGAGGAAGAAAGAAUAGACAACAGCUCCUUGUCAAAAGAAGUGAUGGACCUCCAAAACCGUUACAGAGAAGUUCAAAGCUGGAAGCCAAGAAUUGAGGUGAAAGAAAUUGUUAAUGAGAUCUAUCGGAUAGACCCAAAUACAGAGGUGGAGAUAAUGCGCAUUCGCAAAGACAUACAAGACUCUAACAAACAGCGUGCUGAUACUGAGAAGGAGGUUAGGCAGGUCACCGCUGAUAUCAAUAUCCUUCGAGCUGAGAAGCCCAAAGUGGAGCUGAAGGAAGUUCUCCAAGAGGUGGUUAAAGAGGAAAGAAGCCCUGAAAAUCAGCGUGAGAUACAAAGGCUAAAUGAUCAGGUGAACCAUUUACACUCCCAUUACAACUCCCUCGAGGACAAAGUCCAACUGCUUCGGAAAGAGAGAGAUGAAUGGAAGGCUGAAAAGUCCAAGAUAGAGACCCAACUCAUCACCAGAGAAGUCAUCAAGUAUGAGCCUGAUCCGCUGCUGGAGAAGGAAGCUGACCGUUUGCGAAGAGAUGUGCGUGAGGAGGCGCAGUUCCGACGCAGUAUAGAGGAGAUGGUGUUUGACCUUCAAAACAAGUACAUCAUAUUGGAGAGACAGAAACCAGAGGAAAAAGUGGUUGUGCAGGAGGUUGUACGUCUACAGAAAGACCCAAGGCAACAACUGGAGCACGAGAGGCUCAGCAAGGGCCUGGAUGAAGAAGUAAAGAAUCGACGUCAAAUCGAAAUAGAGUUACAGCACUUAAGAACAAAGGUGGAAGACAAAGAAAGGAUCAUAAGAGAGAGCAGUGAGAGCCAAAAGAGAAUUCAGGCUGAGUCUGAACUCGGUGAGAUUCGUCUGCGCAUUACACAGCUAGAAAAUGCCCCACCUCCUGUUGAGGAGAGUAUAGUCGUUGAGGAGGUACUGAAAGUUGAGCGAGACCCAAAACUAGAGAGGAUGACAAAUGGUUUGCGGUCGGAUAUGGACAAUGAAACCAGCGACAUUCUGCGUUUCGAGAGGGACAUCCGCAACAUCACUCUUAAGCUUGACAUCCUGCAGAGAGAGAAGUCUGGUGAGAAAACAGUGUACAAGGAAAUCGUUCGUGUUGAGAAAGACCAGGCUGUUGAAGAAGAGAGGGAUCGCCUCAGGGAACAGGUAUCUCAGACUAAAUUUGCCAGACAAGACCUGGAGGAUCAAAUCAGACGUCUCAAUGACAAAAUUGACCUACUGUUAAGCAGCAAAACCACCACUUCAAGGGAGGAGACAAGCCUCAUUUUGAAAAGAGAUGCCAUAAUGAGGGAGAAGGAUGAUCUUACUCGAGAAAUCAAGACACUUGAGGCCAAAAGACAUGACACUAGUUUGUCCUUUCAGCAACAGAGCCGACUAAUGAGCGAAAAAACACAGAUGAGCAGACAGAGGAGCAUUAAGAUGGUGUCAGAUGUUGAACAAAUGGAAAAGCAGAUCUUAGAUGAAAAAGACAAAAUCCAUCUUCGAGACAGCACCAUCCGUGAACUUACGCUCAACCUGCAGAAAGAAGAGCAAGCAGAGACGAGAACCAAAGAGACCAAUGUCUCCACCAAAAUCACAAUUUUGGAUCCAGAUACUGGCAAAGACAUGUCUCCCUAUGAUGCCUACCUGCAAGGCUUGAUUGAUCGCCAGCAGUACAUUCAUCUGCAGGAGUUGGAGUGUGACUGGGAGGAAAUAACCUCUAUGGGACCUGAUGGGGAGACAUCUGUCUUGCAGGACCGCAAGAGUGGAAAGCAGUACUCAAUAAAAGAUGCCAUUAAGGGAGGAAACCUUACAGAGUAUGAUCUGCAACAGUACAAAAAAGGCAAGAUUCCCAUCUCAGAGUUUGCCCUGCUGGUUGCAGGGGACCAUAAGAAGCAGCCCAAGUUCAACUCAGUCAUUCCAAAGUCCACCGCAACAAGUAAGUCCACCCCCUCAGACCUUUCCACUGCCAAUGAAACAUACCCAAUUGCAGGAAUAAUAGAUACAAGCACUGACACUUGUUUUACAUUACGCAGUGCCACACUUCGCAAACUGAUAGACCCAACCACUGCCCAAAGACUUCUGGAGGCUCAGGCAGCAACAGGCGGCAUCAUUGACAUCAGCAACAAUGGGAAAUACACCGUUCACAAGGCAGCAACCAGAGGUCUCAUUGAGGACAGUCAACUCCAACGGUUGCUCAAUGCACAAAAGGCUUUUACUGGAGUUGAGGAGCCCACGACCAAAGAGCGUCUUUCUGUGGGAGAAGCUGUUCAGAAAGGCUGGAUGCCGAAGGAAACUUCAGUCGGCUACAUGGAGGCACAGCACCUGACUGGAGGGCUGGUUGAUCCCAAGACUGGUCGCAGAGUAAGCAUCAUGGAUGCCAUCGGGUCCAAAAUGAUUGACAGCACAAUAAUGAGAGAACUGCAAUCUGAGACAACCUACAUCAAGAAUAUCAUCGACCCGAUCACAAAGGAGAAGAUCAACUACAAACAAGCUCUGGAUCGCUGUAAGAAAGACCCAGUGACGGGUUUACCAAUGCUGCCUGCCUCCUCCAAAGAUGGCUACCCAGUGUACAACCCUGUACGAUCUGCUCGAUUCUAAUUGGAUCUAAUAGGCAUAGAAAAUGGAUGAAUGGACGAUUCUUGACAUGUUUACUAUUUACUAGCUGCCUGGUCUGUGGAGUGUUGUGUUAAAAGUAACGUUAGAUAUGAAAAACCCAUAUGACAUUCAUACAUUACUGACAAUGUAUAUUUUGACUCAGGAGAAGUCUUCUACUGCCACGCUUUCAUUUAAGCCAAAACCGUUUCUGCUUUACCAGUUUGUUUACCAGACAUGUCUUUUGUGGGAAGAUUUGUUCUUUUUUUUCCUUCUAUAUGGUUUAAUUUAAAAACAGAGAAUAUGGAAGCUGUUUAUCUUUAAUAUUACUGUGUUAUUAGGGAUCAUGGGACAUGGUGCAAUGCUUUUUGCCAAUCUGGAUUUGAUUUUGUAUUACUCAUGGGUUGUCCUUGAUACUGUUCACUUUAAGCUCAAGACUGGCAUACUUUAUGAAGAAACAUAAAAAUAUCAAUAAAUUUAUAUUACAAUGGUUAAA